AUGUCCUCGCCCGAGCGUCGAACUGCUGGAGUCAAGCGACCUCAACUAAGAACACUCAUUAUCUGCCAUAUCUCCAGCGCGGCCGUUGACAUGUCGGAAUCUCUAGGCACUCAGUCUCUUCCUCCCCCCUCGCUUCCUCAGCUGGUUGCCGAGCAGAGCACCCCCAUCCCCCCAACGGAUAAGGACUCUCAGCGUCUGAUUGUUGUCUUGUCCAAUGCCAGUCUUGAGACCUACAAGGCGUCUCACGGCGGUACCAGCCGCAAUCGUGAGGACAAGUAUUCUCUGCUCAACAGCGAUGAGCACAUUGGUGUCAUGCGUAAGAUGAAUCGGGACAUUAGCGAUGCGCGUCCCGACAUCACCCAUCAGUGUCUACUUACCCUCCUGGAUUCUCCCAUCAACAAGGCUGGCAAACUCCAGAUCUACAUCCAUACCGCCAAGGGCGUCCUGAUUGAGGUUUCUCCCUCAGUCCGCAUUCCCCGAACGUUCAAGCGUUUUGCCGGUCUCAUGGUGCAGCUUCUGCACCGCCUGUCUAUCCGCUCCACCAACUCCAACGAGAAGCUGCUUCGCGUGAUUCAGAACCCCAUCACUGACCACCUGCCGCCCAACUGUCGCAAAGUUACGCUGAGUUUCGAUGCACCACUUGUCAAGGUUCGUGAGUGGGUCGAAUCUUCGAAUUCCAAGGACAGCAUCUGCGUUUUCGUUGGUGCGAUGGCCAAGGGUGAGGAUAACUUCGCCGACUCUCUUGUGGAUGAGAAGAUUUCUAUCAGCAACUUCUCUCUGUCCGCCAGUGUUGCUUGUAGCAAGUUCUGCCACGCUGCUGAAGAUGUUUGGGACAUUAUGUAA